AUGGAUAUCAAAACCAGAAUUAGCAAAUAUAAUUGGAGCAGAUGCUCGGUAACAGAAAGACCCUAUAAAUCUAUUAGGAAUAAACUGACUAUCGAGAAAGGAAUUGUAUGUAAUGGUGAUCUUAUUGUACCUCCUAAGACAAUGAGAAAGAUCUUCAUCAAAUCGAUCCAUGAUGAUAUACAUUGUGGCAUAAUGCAAACGCGAUGUAGAUUAAAAUUGGAAGUCUGUUGGCCUGGCUACUGUCAAGAUGUUGAAGAAUAUGUGAAAAACUGUGAAAAAUGUGCCGAAAUAAAAGUGAAGAAGGAAAAGACAUUACAUACAUGGCUAAGUGAAAAUAAACCUCGGUGUAGAGUACAUAUGGAUCAUGCACAUGUACAGGGUAUCGUACUGUUUUUGAUUUUAGUGGAUUCUUUUUCUGGAUGGCUGGAAGUUAUUAAGGUAAAUAACUGUGAAGCGGCUACUGUAAAGGCAGUACUACAAAGUGUUUUUUCAAGAAAUGGAGUUCCAGAGGUUUUAGUAUCCGACAAUGCUGCGGAAUUUCAUGAUACCACCUUACACCAGUGA